CCGGAGCCUUUAGAUUUCUUCAUCUGGACCGUCGAGGAUGUUGGGUUAUGGCUGGAAGAAAUAAAUCUUGGUAGCUACCGCCAGGUUUUUGAAGAUAAUGGUGUCAAUGGAGAGUACUUAGAGAGCUUAUCUAUGUUCACAACAGAACAGAUUCUGCGGUUUAUCAGACGAUGCCACAUGAAAUGGGGAGAUUUUAUUACACUCUGCAAGGAGUUACGGCGCAUUAAAGUUGCAUGCCUGAAAGGAGAGCAAGAGGUUCGCAGGCCAUGGUGGGCCCCGUCAUGCCUGUCAGUGGUGUUUGUUAGGGUGGCCAAGCGCAAUAGGCAGUCUCGGGUUGUUUCCUUGAAGCUGGAACCUUGAGCUUCUACAUGAAAUUGCCCUACCCCACAUGCUACAACAUAUCCAUUAACCUUUCCCUUGCUUCUUUGUUGUUCAAUUCCCUGUUCUUACCCCGUUUAACUUCUGGGAAAAUGGCAUGUUGUUGCUAUGGGCUGGUGGGUUAUGAAGUGUUUUGGGUCUGCUGACAUUUUAGCUGUGCUUAUCCCUGUUUAGUUAUAUAUAAUUUUCUGGUCGCUAUGUUAUGUAUUUGUUGAUCAAUUUUUCAUAUAUAGGUUUUUGUUGUGGCUUGAUCCAA